AUGUUCACGUCCACUCUGAUUGCUCUAUCUCUUGUCUUCCCAGCUCUUGGCGCUCCUUAUGUCCAGCCAGGAAAAAGCUGCGAUAUUUCCAACGCCAAACUCAUCCUACCCCCAGGGGUGAACCUACCCCCACCAACUGAACCUCCUACUCAUAUCACUGUCGGUGUGGGAACACAGAACUACACCUGCUCGGAACAGGGCACCUACACAAGCAUCGGUGCCGUUGCAGCCAUUCUCGACAUCUCUUGUCUUUACGGCACACCUCGUUUCGACGAUAUCCAGGACGUCGUUCUGGCGGCUUGGCAGAACUCCGACUCGACUACCGCCCACGAAUUAUCGUCCGAACUUACUCUUUUGGGCGAGCAUUUCUUUAUCACCAACCCCAUAACCGGGACCGGCAUCAGUCCAGAGUGGGACUUUACCGCUACGCUCGGCAAUACAGAUGCGUUUGUGGUGGCCAACGAGACAGGAACUAGCCCUGCACCUACUGGAAGCCAGGAUGUCGCCUGGUUGUCCCUUGUUAGGAUCUUGGGAGAACUUGCGAAGGAGGUAUACCGGACCGAUACGAGGGCUGGGCAGCCGCCUGCUUCGUGCACCCCAGGAUCGGAACCUAUCACGGUGCAGUAUUCGGCCAAGUAUUGGUUCUUCGGUGGAGGCUUGUAA